AUGAAUAUAAAGCAGUCAACAGUGGAUGGGAAUGUAGAAGUCCUAGAGAGCUUACUUAGGCAGGGAGGCAUUAGUGACAAAAAUGACAAAGAUUUUGAUGAAGACCAUGACAUUGACAUGUCUGAAUAUAUUCUUCUCAUACAUGGAGACCUCCUGACGAAGGAACAAGUGGAUUCAGUGCGAGAUAUGAGGAGAAUAGAAGAAAUACCAAAAAAUCGCUUUCAGUAUAUCAUUUUUGUCCCUGGACUAUUCCACUAUAAGAUGGCAUGUGACAAGAACAGCCUCUCAUAUGCAUCAUUAUCAAGACAUUUCAAGCUCAAAACAUUCUGGAUGUGGUCGUGA